GCUCCUGUUCGGCGACAACGCGUUUGGGCUUCUUCGCUAAAAACACAAAACUACCGGGUGUAAUUCCGCAUCGAAACGAUGUCGCAUGGCCGCAACGAGUGUCGCAUCUACGUCGGCAACCUACCGCCCGACAUCCGCACCAAGGACAUCCAGGAUCUGUUCCACAAGUUCGGCAAAGUUACGUUCGUGGAUCUGAAAAACCGCCGCGGGCCGCCAUUUGCUUUCGUUGAGUUCGAGGACGCCCGGGAUGCGGAUGAUGCGGUGAAGGCACGGGAUGGGUACGACUACGAUGGGUAUCGGCUGAGGGUGGAAUUCCCGCGCGGUGGUGGUCCCGGCAGUUACAGAGGUAGCCGUCAGGGCAACAGUGAUCGUAGCAGCCGUGGUGACCGUGGAAACCGUGGACCACCGGCGCGUCGUUCUCAGUUCCGCGUCACGGUUUCCGGACUGCCGUCAUCCGGUUCGUGGCAGGAUCUGAAGGAUCAUAUGCGUGAGGCGGGCGAUGUUUGCUUUGCCGAUGUCUACAAGGAUGGUACAGGGGUGGUCGAGUUUUUGCGGCACGAGGACAUGAAGUACGCGAUCAAAAAGCUAGACGAUUCACGGUUCCGGUCACAUGAGGGUGAAGUGGCGUACAUUCGCGUUCGGGAAGAUUCCGGUAACGACGACAAGCGAGACCAUCGGGAUAGAUCGUACUCACCGCGCAGACGAAGAGGAACACCUACCUAUUCUCCGGUGCAGAGGAGCGUCUCGCGAUCGCGCUCCCGUUCCUACCACUAACCAACUCCGGCCGAUUAGCGUGGAGUUGCAGUGCCGCCACAGGACCGCGACUAAAGUAAUUACACAUUUCGAAAAACAUCAUUUAAACUCCUUCCGUUCGGGCGUGAACACCGAGUUGAUGGUGGUAUAACCUGCGCCACGAUAGCAUUUCGAGCGGAUGGAAGAGCCAUUUUUCUUUAGAUUUUAAAGCGACAGAGCGAACAAGGUGCGCGUGUGUACGUGUGUUUCGGCUACCUCGCAGGAGACCCCUUUCUUUUAGUUUUGCCUUUCCUUCCGCUGUUCGCGCUGGGAUACUUUCCAGCGAUUGACGAUAGGACGCACGCGAUGCGACAGAUUGCAUUGACAGGGAUCGAGAGGCGGGCCAAAACCGGGUCGGUUUCAGCUUUUAAAUUCAAACUUUAUCUUUCUUACACAAUGAAACAUUACAAUUUAAAAGAGAAUCAUGCAAUAUCGAGGGACUGCAGAAGAUGAACAUGAUUAUAUGUAUGAGGACAGAUUAAAAUAGGGAAGAAAAUAAGAGAUAGAGAGAGGGCAAGAAAACACUUUACACACAUUCCUUCUAGCAAGGACGUCGAUAUCUCGUAUCCAUGCAGUCAAAGGUGAACAGAACGACACAGGCAAUUCGCAGCAACCAUAGUGAUACACAGUAGAUACGGCGUAGAAUUGGACGGAACACGGAGUGUAUUUGUGCUUCUUUUUCGUGUA